CAGCGCCUCCUUCACUAGAAAAGUGGGCGACGACGACGAACCAUCAUGGUCGAGGGUUCUCCUACACUAUGGAGAUGACCUCAACUUUGCCCACUGCAGUAUAAGGUCCUGCCGGCCUCAAUGGCUGCAGGUUGUGGCGAGGCGAGAAGUGUUCCUGCUGCUAUACUGCCUGCUGGGGGUUACUUACGGCAUGAGCCACACUUUCACCGUCUCCGUCAUCUCUACUAUCGAGAAGAGCUUCCACUUGUCUAGUAAGCAAACUGGUGUGAUCCUCGCUGGAAGCUGGGCGGUACAAGCUGCAGUCUCUACUCUUCUGCUUCUGCAUGGCCAGUCCGUCCACCGCGGCCGGUGGAUGGUGAUUGGUGUGGUGGCCGGCGUCGCCUCCUGCUUGUUGGCCGUCGUUCCGCAGGUCGUGUAUGGCUCGGGAGAGGUGACAAGGGAAGCUUUUGGAGAGAUAGAGAGAACGGAGACGUGUUUCUCAGAGGUGACUGAUGAGAAUGAAGAGUCUUGCAAGGUUUUCUAUGAGGAGUUUUUCGUCGGCCCUGUCAUCAUGCUCUUCAUCUCCCAGUUUUUCAUCGGCAUCGCCAUCAGCAUCUUCUAUAGCAUCGGCGCCUCCUACCUCGACGACAUCAACAAUCAUUCACCUCAGUACUUUGGCAUCACACUGCUGCUGAGAGUCGUGGGGCCGGUAUGUGGAUUCCUUCUAGGAGGGUCGUGUGUGAGGGUGUGGAUAAGUCCUUCCCAUGACGCACCCAACCUAGCCAGGAACGACCCCCGUUGGCUAGGCUCCUGGUGGAUAGGUUUCUUGUUCCUCGGCUGCUGUGUACUGGUGCUCGGGGGCCUCUUGCUCCUCUUCCUUCACAACCUGACACUAAAGAAGGGAAUGGUGAGGGAGGGCAAGAGGAGAGAAGCGUCGAGGAGCCACUGGAAGGUCAGCAAUUUCAAUAUCUUCACAACCAUGAGGAAGGAAGCCACACUUUCCAUUCAUGAUCUACCGAAAACGCUGAAACGUCUCUUCACCAACAAGAUCUGGGUGGGGAAUCUCUUCAGCUCAGUGGCUUUCUUCCUGGCCUUCGCCUGCUACAUCAACUUCAAAUCCAAAUACCUGGAGGCUGAGUUCCGCAAGAGCGCCAGCGAAGCCAACUUCUACACAGGGUUGGUUACUUUGGUGGGAUCCCUCUUGGGCAUUGCCGUCAGCACUGCCCUCGUGAGGUGGGCACCACAGGGACCAAGGUCCCUCGCCGCCUGCGACACUUUGCUCUCUGCCUUGGUCUUUGCCUCCUUCCUCGGCCUCAUGUUCAUUGGCUGCCCAAGACUCCAGGUUGUUGGGCCCAGGGAAAAGUCGGCUGAAGGAACGUGUUCUGCGAAAUGUGGAUGCUCGGACAGGUUCUCUCCCCUGUGUUUGGUCCAGAACCAUACCAUCCUCUUCUACUCCGCUUGCUACGCCGGCUGUCUCACCGUUGAUGACUCCACGGAGCCUGUUGUGUACAGAAACUGUUCAUGUAUCAGCCAUGUGACCAGCUCCUCGACUCAGCCGGGUCUUCCCGACACUGAUGACUUGAAGAACAUUGUAUUGAACACGACGGCGACCUCGGGUUACUGUCCGGAGCCCUGCGAGAACUUUGCUUACUACCUCGUCAUGCAGGUCCUCACCAACGCCGUCUACACUACCGGCAGGCUCGCUGUUGGCAUCGGUCACCUCAGAGGGGUGUCAGAGAGGGACAAGGAGGUGUCGCUCGCCAUUCUCGCGGUCUUAGUCACCGUUUUUGGCAUCCUUCCGGCACCCAUCAUCAUGGGGGCUGCCAUUGAUUGGUCGUGUUCAGUGUGGGGGACACAGUGUGGGGGGACGGGCCACUGCUGGCUCUACGACACCCACACCCUCAGGCUCCUCGUACACCUUAUUCCUGCUGUGUUCACCUUCAUCUCACUGAUCGGGGACCUGGUCGUGUUCUUCUGCAGUCAUCAGCUGGACGACUACGACAAAAGAGAGAGACGACGACGUAGAGUUGGAGAAGCCCGAGUACACGUCCAAGGAGGUCGAGGAGUGCAAGUCUAAUCUUAAACUGCAAAUAAGAAGAAAGAUUACGUCAGGAUCCAAAAAUCGGAGUUAGAGGUUCAUCUUAGAAACAUUAAACUUAUGAAGAGAAGUAGUGUCACAGAAAAGACGUACAUCUUUAAUUUAGUUUUUAAAACAAACUUUUCACUGCUUAACAAUAUGAAAUAUUUAUCGGUCAAAAAUAGUCUAUAAACUAUUCAAAGAUUUAUCCAAAUCAGCAACGAUAUAAAUUAACAAGCCAAUAAAAAGCAAGCCAAAAUAUUUUACAAAUAAAAAAGCAGCAAAUAUAAGCAAAAUAAAUAGUAGAAUGUAAACAAAAGCACCUAACAAUAUGCAGAAGACGGAAAUUAGCGAGUGAACACUUGCGUUGUGUAGCGCGUUGUGGUGAUGUACAUGCACUCCAAGGGUGUUAACGUCUAGUUCAAGUGAAUCGCAAAUCAGUAGAGUACCAUCAGUUGGUUGUGUGUGAGAGCGGGGGGUGGGGCUCCACAGCCCUCGCGGGGCAGAGGACGCAACUGGCCUGCCUGGGGCCAGAUUCCCGAAGCAGUUACGCAAAUACUUACGAACGUGUACAUCUUUUCUCAAUCUUUGACGCCUUUGGUAACAUUUAUUAAACAGUUUACAAGCAUGAAAACUUCCAA